AAGAGAGAAAAGAGGGCACAUGAAAUAGAGGUGAGUCUCCUAAUAAUCCGAACAAACCUAAAACAUAUGCCUUCCUCCAAUAACUCCUCCGGUAGUCUCGCCCUGGCCGUUUCUCUUCUCUUUGCCGGCGCCUUAUAUAUCUGCUUCCAAUCACGUUCAGCUUCUGAUCCUAUCUCCGAUCGCCUACAAAAUGUAGAGACUAGAUGGACAGAGUAUCCGGUGGACGAGCUAGAAGCGGUCCUAGACCAGGCAGCGACGGGAAACAACAAGACGGUGAUUAUAGCAAUGGUGAACAAAGCUUACGUAGAGGAGGUUGGAGGAGGGAGGACGAUGAUGGAUCUUUUUUUGGAGAGUUUUUGGGAAGGAGAGGGGACUCGGCCGCUUGUUAACCAUCUGAUGGUAGUGGCAGCAGAUCAGACGGCCUACGAUCGCUGCCUCUUCAGGAGGCUCCACUGCUACAAGAUGGAUACGCAAGGGGUUGACUUGGAGGGAGAGAAAGUAUACAUGUCAAAAGAUUUCAUUGAGAUGAUGUGGAGGAGGACUCGCUUGCUCCUUGACGUCCUCAGCCGCGGCUACAAUCUUGUUUUCACGGAUACGGACGUGAUGUGGCUAAGGAGCCCUUUUUCCCGGCUAAGCAACAACGAGAGCUUGGAUAUGCAGAUAAGUGUGGACAGUAUUGACGUGGGAGGACACCCGAUCAACACGGGAUUCUACCACGUCCGGUCCAACAACAAGACCAUCUCCCUCUUCCAAAAAUGGUACGACAUGAGGCUCAAGUCGACAGGCAUGAAGGAACAAGACGUCCUUAAACAGCUCCUCGACUCCGGCUUUUUUAACCAGCUUGGCCUCAACGUUGGCUUCCUCAACACUACCGAAUUCAGUGGCUUCUGCCAAGACAGCCCUGACAUGGGCGUUGUCACCACCGUCCACGCCAACUGUUGCCGCUACAUCCCUGCUAAGAUCUCUGAUCUCACUGUUGUUCUUCAUGACUGGAAACACUACAAAGCCUCCCGUGUCAACAGCAAGUGGAGCCCCCAUGUUGAGUGCGGGCGUUCAUGGAGUGAGGCACACUACAUCCCCAAAAUCCCCAAGCUCUGACCUUCUUCGUUCAUAUAUGCAAAUUAAUGAUGUAUUUCUACAGUACUAGCGAGCUAGAGGAACAAUUCUCUUUUGACAAGUAACUACAAAACAUCUUAUAUGUGUGUUACAACAAGAUUGUUUUUCGCUUUUAGUUCCAGCUACACGAAUAAUUGCUGGUAAAUUCU